UCCUCACACACACGCUGGUGACAGAGAGGGAGACGGUGUGUUUAUCAUGAGCCGCCCGUGAGAUUCAGCAGCAGUCAGAUGUAUACUUUCCAAAUGGAGGAUUCAUGUUCAGCUCACAUUGGAUCGCCAGCAUCUGACCUGAUGUGUGUCAUUUCUUAGCAGCCGUGACGAGGACAGACAUUAAAGAGAGGAGAGAGGGGCUCACAUCGACACAAGUGAGGAGAGCUCUCAGUACAGAGAACACACCGAGCAGACUGGGGACCACUUGAUAGAGAUAUGGGGUGUAGGCUUCCUAAGUUGCGGAAGGCAGAAGAGAGGCGAAGCCCGGGUAAUAUCUACUCCACCCUGCGAAGGCCUCAGGUGGAGACCAAAGUGGGCGUGGCAUACACCUACCACUUCCUGGAUUUUCUGCUGGGGAAAGAAGAGGUGCCGGUGUCAUCGGUGCUUUGUCUCUCCUCCGUCAGAGAGCUUCCUGUUCAGGUCAGGGAGCUCUACGCUCAGGGUUUUGUCCUGGUCGCCGUCCACCCGUUUGUCCAUCCCUGCGGACCUCGUAACGCACACAUCCAGCGCCAGCUCCACCGAGCCGUGCUGGUCCGAGAGACGCCAAGUUCAGAGAAGAGCCAACUGAGGUGGUCGAGACAGCGCCUGGAGACAGAUGUGUGUGUGGCCAGUCACCAGGCUGCUGACCCAGAAGUCAUCCAGAGCUAUGUCAAGAGGAUCCAGGAUGUAGCGGAGCAGGGGGUGAUGUUUGUGGGCUUCCUCCAGCAGCCAGGCGGAGGACCCUGCUACUCAGGGAACUGGGACCCUGAGGAUCUGUCCUCCUUACAUUCAAGCCCCUCACCUAUUCACCGACAUCCCUUCAGCGCCAAAAACAGCCCAACAGAUCCAACAGAACCACAUCAUAAUGAGCCCGGGUUAGAUCAUGAAGGUGUAGAAAAUCACAAACAGGACGACGAGACAAGAGACGUCAUUCCUCUGAAACCCAUCCAGAGUUUAGAGCUCGACCAAGAGGAGGCCAGUGAGCAAAUCUUCAACGAGUCACUAGAAUCAAGGAACCAGCAUCUCAGCGGUGUGGACACAGUUCUUAAGCGUUCAAAUCAGAACCCGGCAGAAGCCCAGGUGAAGCCGCUGUGUCCCAGCCCUCCAGAAGCUGCAGGUAUAAUCAGACAGCAGAGAGGCCGUCUAGCAGACCUCCAAGAGUCCACAGAGACACAUUUGGAUCUUUCCAAUCAGACAGACAGACAGAGCUCGAGCUCCUGCAGCUGGCCCAGCUCUCCUGAGCUGGAUCGAGGCACGGAGAGAAAGUCCUCCUGCACAGAGGGGCAGAGCAAAGUGACGACGCACAACAACAACCAUAUCCGGAUCAAGGGUUCAGAGAAAGAUGAGAAUGCAGCUACACCGCCAGCGAAGGGUAGGAUGCAGCUCUUCGCCUUGUACAACCACACGGAGGAGCUGAACACUUCUCUGAGGUUCUACUCUCUCAGGGUGCCGCUGCAGGUGCAGAAGGAAGCAGGGCUGAUCACAGAUGUCGACACAAACUGGCUCGACCACAUGACUCAGCAUUUCACCAGCGGGGCGCACCUCAUCGAUGGGUUCUUCCAACUUGAAGACAAUAACGACAAUGGCGUUUCAUCAGUGGACAGUGUGUUCAUCUUCCAGAGCUCCGCGGAGGACGCCACACACACCUCCUACGACGCCAUCGUGGUGGAGCAGUGGACCGUUGUUGAUGGAGUUGUGGUGAAGACAGACUACAUCCCCCUACUCCAGUCUCUGGCUCCCUAUGGAUGGAGGCUGAUGUGUGUGUUACCCACACCCAUUGUGAAGACCAACAGUGACGGGAGUUUGUCGACCAAGCAAAUCCUCUUCCUUCAGAGACCCGUUCUGCAGCGCAAGAGAAAAGACUUCAAGAUGCGCAACCUCAGGGGUCGCAGCAAGGCGAAGAAGAAAACUACUGGGGAAACGGAAGAGGAGAGGGAGAACAUGUCCCCUCUGAUGGAGACGGAGAUGGACAGGUUGAGGAGGAACUCAAAGGAGGAGGAGGAAGAAGAAGAGGGGAGGAAGAGCAGGGGCAGCGUAAGGAGCGAAGGUGGAAAGGAGAGUGAAGAGGAUACACACCAUCAAAGGGGCUUCUGGUUCUUAUCGGGGAGCAGAGCUUCUGUCGAGGAACAGGAAGAGGAAACCGACGUGGACGAGAUCAAGCUGUCCGAGCUGGAGGAGUCGGUGAGAUGGACAGAUGUGUGCCGGAGAAGUGGCGGGGGGGUCAAGGAGGAGGGGAAGACAGAGGAGAGGAUCAAGCAGCAGCUGUUUUCAGGCGUCUGUUGACACAUUGGGCACAAAGCAGGCGAGGGGGGGGGGGGGGGAGCUGAAGCCUGUUUAUAGGAUCAAAAACAAUGCCUUUUUAAAAUAACUUUUUGUUCAUCUGGAGUUUCUUUUUGUUCCCCUGACAACCCAGAUGUAGUCAUACUGUUCCUGGUCCUGAUGUGCUGUUACCUGCACUGUUGAGAGUCUUUGAGGUUGUAGAUCCCAGAUUUGGGAAAGUGUUGUGCAGUUCUCUGCUUUGGGUCACUGUUGCUAUUUGAUGUGUUUGAUUAUAUGAAAUGAAUCUGUGCAAGGCUGAUAGAGAACCACCUCCAGUCCACGCCUUAAUUCUCUUGUUGUAUUUUAAUACUUUUCUUGUAAUAGGAACGUUAAAAAGGGAGUUUCACUGGGCUCGCUGUAUUUUUAUAUAUGGAGUAUAUAAUUAAAGAUAGAAACAAGAAAGGGACAAGUCGACAGAGUAUGAAGUACACGGUUGGAGCACGACUGAUACAUCAAAUGUAGCUUAUUAUAGAUUUGGAUCUAUACCGGCCUAAGUAAAUAACUACGAAAUUGCAGACAGCUUUUAGGUAAUUAAGACACUUUUUCUUCAAGACAUACUGUAGUUUCAUCAACAGUAAGUCUAAAAUAUUUCACUCAAUGAAGUAUCUUCACCACAACUUUAUAUUCAAAUAUCGACCAAUUUCAUAAUUAUCAGACUUUUAUAAUUCUCUGUAUCGGCCGGACUCUUCUCCAAAAUGUAAAUGGUGUUUGGUCUAAACAAUAAUGUUUAGUGAGUUCAAAAUAAUUACAAAAACGUAUGCUGUCACUGGAGGAAUCUAGUUUGCUCUGGCCUGAUUUUGGAAUAACUAUCUCUGAGCUUUCAUCACCUCAAUACAAUGAUGUUAAAAGCUUUUCUAUGUAUGGUGCUCACCACCUAAAUAUAAAUCACAUCUCUUAUCUGAAGCUGUGAUCUAAUAGUUUACAGAACACAGUUUCUUCUUUAGAAAGCUGUUCCUAUGAAGACUGAUUAGUUGUUGGUCUGUUUAUUUUCCAGAGUAACAGGGAAAUUGCUUUCCAACUUUUUUAAAUGCUGGAAGACAGACCAUAAAUGAGUUUACUUGAUUAGACUACAAGAUGAAAGGAAACAAGCCUUUUGUAAUUCAGAAAAACUGACCUUUUCCUUCUUUGAAAAACGUGUAAAUUAACAAUCUAUCACUAUUUAUUUCUUAUUUCCUGGACCACCUGUGUCGUGUCUGAGUACAUGUGAGUCUUUAUAUAAAAGUGGAGGUCAAUAAAGUGUUUGAAAACA